AACGCUCAAGUACUGACAGCUAUUUAGUCGAGAGUUCAAAGUCGGUUGGCGAGCACAUACUUUAUAUUUGAAAAAGAGUUUUGAAAACAUAUUCAUAAAAUCAAUCUUCCAAUAUGAGAACCGCAGAAGCUUUAGUCACCCUAGCUGUUUUUGGCUUGUGUUGUCUUACUUUUGCCAACUCCUUGAAGUGCUACAGUUGCACCAGUACUAAGGAAUGCAAGAAGCCAAGCAAAUUGGAAUGCAACUCUAACGCGGCCAAUAAAACCCGUGAUUAUUUAAAUCUAUUAUAUACAGGUGUACCUGGUACGAAUUUCACCAGCCAAAGUUUUGUAUGUGUGCGUGAUUGGUUGAAGACUUCCUCCAACGAAUUCACAUACAAGGGUUGCGCCUAUAGUAAUUACCAAAGUUGCAGUUACUCAGUGAAUCCAUAUUACUCUCAACAUCACGAACGUAAGUGCGCUCAAUGCAACAGGGAUGCCUGUAAUCCCGCCGCACGUGCUAACGGUAGUCUAUUGACAGUGAUAACGACAAUUGUGGCAACAGUUGCGGUGAAAAUUCUGUGGCGCCCUCGAAGUUUUUAAAUAAAUUUUACGAUCAGUUUUACGUAAAACAAUGUAUUAGUUCAAACUUUAGUUUUGCGUUUUUUUAUUAAAAAGGUUGCCAGAUGCUUCCAGCAGCACUAAAUACCAGAGCAUUAUAAUAGAAAAGUAGGUGGAUAUUCACAAAAUGUGUUUACUUGAAUAUCUUUAAUAAUAAAAAUUAUAUUGUGUUAUGAA